AUGAACCAACCUCUCCCAUCAUCUUUACUGGAGAAUUUAAAUAAUCCUGAUAACAAGGAUGGUUUAAAAACUGUUCCCGAUCAUGAGAAGAGAGAUUAUUCAUCGGUUAAAAUUCAAGACAUGUUCUAUAAUAAUUGUGUUCCUCUAUUUAGGAGUCCUUAUUUACAUGAAUUAUAUAGUGGACAGGCAGAUGAUGAAUUUAUUGAUUUGGAUCAACAACAGGAAGCUGAGAUUUCUCAACAACAUCAACAAAAUUAUUUUCAUCAAUUAAAUUCAUUCAGAGAUUAUGAAAUUGAAUAUGAUGUGAUUGAACAGGCAAAGAUUGCUGUUUGCAUUCCUAACAGAGAGUGGAAUGGUGGAUUAUUAAUUCAUUGUCAUGGACAUAGAGCUAAGGGAAUUCCUCUUCAGGCAGAUUUGAAUCAUGAUAACAUGCCAAACACUUUCAGAGAAUUGAUUAGCCAAGGCUGGAUUGUUUCAAUGACUUCAUAUAGAAGAGAAGGAAUAAUAUUGAAAGAUGCAAUUUUGGAUGUUAAUAAUUUGAGAAAUUAUGUGGAGGAAAAACAUGGACAAAUUAAAUGUUGUAUUCUGGAAGGAAGAUCAAUGGGAGGAGCAAUCGUGACAUUUAUUAGUGAACUCCAUCCACAUUUAUAUGAUGGAGCUGUUUGUAUUGGUGCUGCACUGAGAGUAGACCAGAAAGAAGAACCUCUUCCUCAUCUUGUUUUACAAAACACUCCUAAAUUUCCAAUUAUUGGAUGGUCAUGUAAUUAUGAUCAAAUAGAUCGGAGGUUUAAACCAGUUGAGGUAAUGAAUGAAUUGAAUAAUGAUGUUGGAAAUUCAAAUGUUGAGUUUAAUCAUCAGGAUGGAAUGAAUAUUGUUGACAAUCAGGUGGUGGAGGUGAAUGAAAAUUGGAUUCAACAUUCAAUGACGGAGGAAACUAUUAGAAUAUAUAAGGAGGUUAUCUAUGUGGGAGUUCCUUGCUUCUCAAAUGAAGAUUAUGCCAACAUGUUGAGGAUGUCUGUGAAGGAAAUGAAUGAAACUAGGAAGGAUAUUCUUGCAUUGCUAUUGUCAAUUCAGUGCUUGUGUGAGAAUAUGUGGGGAUUUCUCCCAGCUGCUCAGAGAACUGCUGAAAAAUCAAGGGAUGUACUAAGGAUUGUUUAUGAGGAUUUUGGAAAUCCGUUUGUUGCUUCUUCAUUCCUUAAUUUGUCAUCGUUUUAUUCUGUCAUUGGAAAUGUAGAGAUGGCAAAAGGAUACUUGGCAAUAAUAGAACAUUUUUGCUCAAAACUAGAACAGGAUUCUACCAGACACGUAUUAAUAGAAAAGUAUAAUUGUAAGGUUGAUCCAAUUUCUUUCAAAGCUUUUUCAGCAUUAGUUGAGAUCAACUGUUCUGAUUCAUACCCUAUACCAGAUAUUGUUUCCCUGAAAAAGUUAUAUGGUGCCAUUUCAGAUGUUAGCCAGUUAGUUUACAAUUUAGAUUCUUCACUUGAAAAGAGGAUUGAGGGUAUGACGUUAUUUGUUGCUAUGGCAAUUAAUGAAACAUCAGAAAGACCUAAAUCAGAACUUUCAACCCAUAUUCUCGAUAUAUGUCUCAAAAUAUUUGUUAAUGGAUUGAAUAUUGUUAGGGCAAUUAUUAAUGGAUCCAAAUAUUCAGAACCUAGUUUAUUGGACGAGAAUACCAAAAUAAUGGAAUAUUAUGCCUAUGAAAUUACAAAGUUAUGUCAAGAUCCAGCGUCAGUGGUAGUGCCACCAUAUGUCACUUCUUUUAUAGUCACAGCCACAAAGUUAAAUUUUGAAAUUUUCAAAUCUAUUGUUAAGGGUGAUAGAAAAAAUAAUCAAAAUACGAUUAUUAUGAGAGAAGAUGGAAGUAUUGAACCUUCUAUGGAAACAGUUGACUAUCAUAGUGUUAUGAUGAUUGAAUUGAAUACUUUGAAACAAUUGAGUAAGAGAUAUCCGUAUGUUCACAAAAUAUUUGAAGAGGUGAAUGAUUUUAUCAUGAAUAAUGGAAAAGAAUCAAUGAUUAGAAAUACUAACAACAACAACAACGACAUUCAACAUUUUAUUAAUCUGCUAUAUGAAGAACCUUCAGAUAUUUACAGUGAAAUGAAAAAAUUUAUAGAUAAUUUGAAAAAGACAACAACCACUAAUCUAUAA